CCUGACCCCCCCCAGCCACCCCUCCCUUUCUGUUUCAGGCACGGCUGCCGCACCGUCAUCGCGAGCAGGAGCCUGCAGCGGGUGUCGGAGGCAGCAAAAAAGCUGGUGGCAGCCACGGGGCAGCAGUGCCUGCCUCUGUCCGUAGACGUCAGGCAGCCUCAAACCAUCGUGGCCGCGGUGGACGAGGCGCUGAGAGAGUUCCAGCGCGUCGACAUCCUGGUUAACGGUGCUGCGGGGAACUUCCUGUGCCCAGCCAGCGCCCUGUCCUUCAACGCCUUCAAGACCGUGAUGGACAUCGACACCCUGGGCACCUUCAACACCUCCAAAGUCCUCUUCGAGAAAUAUUUCCGGGACCACGGUGGGGUCAUCGUUAACAUCACGGCGACUCUGGGCUACCGAGGGCAGGCUCUCCAGGUGCACGCCGGCACUGCUAAGGCUGCUAUAGACGCCAUGACCCGACACCUGGCUGUGGAGUGGGGUCCCAACAACAUCCGAGUGAACAGCCUGGCGCCAGGCCCCAUCGCGGGCACCGAGGGCUUCCGGCGCCUGGGUGGAAAAUUUGCCGAGGAAGCGAGCCAGUUUGCCACGAUCCCCCUUCACCGCGCGGGGAACAAGACGGAGAUCGCCCACAGCGCGCUGUACCUGGCGAGCCCCCUCUCCUCCUACGUGACAGGCACCACCCUGGUGGUGGACGGCGGGAGCUGGCUGACCUCUGCCAACAACUUCCCCGCCUUGCUGGGUAUUGCUUCAUCCUCUGCUAAACUCUAGGUGACGUGCCUUUCCCCCUCUGUGGGAUUAGAGCA